CGCCGCCCCCGCCGAGCAGGCGGAAUCCAUUCCGGGUCGGAAAAGGUACCGGAAGUGCCAGCCCCGGUUGUCGGAACGGACCGUCUUGUCACCUCGGCCGAGGAGCUGUGGCUUAAAAGAAAAGCUUACCGACCCCUCGCUUUUCCUGCGCAAGCCGUCAGGAGCCAAUUCACCCCAGGCGCAGCUUCCCCAUUACUCAAAUCUGCUUAGCCCCUUUACCUGUUGAAACUGCCUGUUAACACAGGAGGUAAUUGGUUAGAAGGGGGGGAAAAAGGUUAGUGGACUCCAAAACCCUGAGGGCCAACACAAGCACAUCUGGCCUUGAGACAACAUAUCCACAAGUACUCAAAGAAGCUGAGGUGUUAAUAUGGCUCGUAUUACACUUGAAGAACUAAAUGAAAUGGAUGAUGAGAUCCAGGAUGAAGAACAAGAACAAGAUGAAACAGAACAAAACAGGCUGUUUUCUAUGUGGGAAACAGUAGCCAACACUCAUCAAGUGAUACUUCCUCAAGACAUGGCAGCUCCAAUAGUACAGAUGACUCACCACAACCAAGUGCGAGAGCCUGUGCCCUACACUAUUUUAUCACAGCAUGAGAAAUGCGAGGAAACAACAUAUGAGGAACGCUUAUACCCUGCUGGGAAAUGGGCAUGCAUUACCAAAGGAGAACCCAAGUAUGAGCAGAGUACCUCAUUGGGUUUCAUGAAACUUAUAAGAUACAUCUGCAAAGAGAAUUCCCUAGGCCAGCACUUGGGGAUGACAGUACCAGUGAUUAAUGAGAUCCACCUGAAUAAGGAGAGUACUGAAUUGGUCCAAGAAGUCAUCACCGCUUAUUAUCUUCCUCAGGAAUUUCAGCUUAAUCCUCCUCUCCCCAUGGAUCCAGAAAUCCAAAUCCUAGAAAGAUCACCACUUCAGGUUAUCACCAGGGAGUUUUAUGGGCCAACUACUGAGGAGACAAUCCUGCGAGAGAUUCACUUUCUUUGGGAGUUACUGGGCUCGACAGAUAAUGUGCUCCGUGAAAGGUACUUGGUGGCAGCAUAUCAGAACCCUAGUAUACCUAAUCGUCGCAAUGAGAUAUGGUUUAUCCGGAAAACAGACUGAAAGCAUCAUGGAUUUCUGACAAGUUUGUAAUCCAGUGAAUUCAGUUUAGAUGACAGUUCUAGCCUGAAGGAGACAAAUGCACUUCCCAACUUACUCUAGAACUGACCUGAUGACCCAUUCCUUUUCCUUGAGGGCAUUAAGGAAUUGUGUUCCCUCCUAUGAGUUCAGAAAUGGGGGGAAACAAGACCAUGGAAAAAUAGUAUGGCUUUCUAAUGGUCCUGGAGGGAGCUGGCACUGGAAGAAUCGAUGGAUAGCUGCUUCAUUGACUUUGAAAUUUGUCUAUGCGGUGCUGAGUCAGAAUGCAUCAGAAAUUGCAACUGUUCAGCAAUCCACAUCUGGUAUUUCAAACAUUCUGAAUUCUUCUGGAAAUGAAUUUGGAAUGUCAGUCUGUAGCUGGAUGGGGGCAUAGCUCAUAGUUUUACUUACUUAGAGAGAGAAUUUAAUUUCUGGGCAAGACGCUAUAUCUUUAACCAUGUAUAUGAGAUACUUUUAAUCACCUCUGUUCCAGCUUGAUCUGGAAUAAUUUCAGCCUUUCUUAACUGGGUUGAUUUGAAUAUAUCCUACAAAGCCCCUCCCAGGAACAAUCUCCCCUGAAGAGAAGAUCUGAGAAUUAGAGAUCAGAGAAAUCCUCUUCUGUUUUUCAAGAGUGGUAUAACACCUGUCCCUCUGUGACCUCACUACCAACUGGAAUUGUAUCCAUGGAUGCUUCUAGACUGAUUACUGCUUUCAUUUUUCCCUCCUUCAUAGACAUUUUUCUAUUAAUAGAAGUAAAUGGAAGCUACAGUGAAAAGAUUUAGGACACUUAUCAAUGAAAAACUUGAUUAUAUGGACCCUAGACUUCUUUUUAUUCUCUUAAUGAACAAGGUAAUUGCAAAAUAAAGGCCAUAUCUAAAAGCAUCCCAUCAUUUUGCAAGGUGCCCAUUGAGUGAGCCAUAUAUUUAUUGGAAGUUAUAAUUGGCUGCAUUGUUACAUUGCACUAUUGUGAUUGGUUGAUUUUAUGACCAAGAAAGUUGCUGUCUUCUCUGAAGGAGGAUAAAUAGCACAGAGCAAUUAUGAAAUAAAAUCUAGCUCAAACCCCUCUGAUGCUUCUUAUUGAGUUACAUGGCAUCUGAUGUUAUUAGAUUUUUAUCUCACCUUUAUAAAUAAGAGAGGUAAUAUACAUAAUACACCUUCUUUCUCUUCUUUCCCCCAUAACAACCCUAUGAGGUGGGUUGAUCUAAGAGACGUGGCAGGCUCAAAGUCAGUAGACUAGACUUCACAGUCUAUUUUUUAAAGUACAGAAAUAGUUGUUAUAUAAAGAACAAAUGAUGUUUGGAACAGGAACACAGAUUUUAUAUUGUAACUGUCUUUUAAAUGGCUAUAUUUUUGAAAACUACUUAGAAUGUCUCUUGACUUCUUACAUAUCUCUAGUGGAAAUCAGAUGAGAUCUAACUAGAUAUAGUGGAACUCUUUCUGUCAUCAAGGAUGAUAAAAUGUAUUAUAUCUUCUAUUCAUCUACCAGCAUAAUCCAUAUACAGUAGCCACUGAUCUGUGUAACUUCCCACUCCAUAAGGCUUCAAAUUCAAUUUAUGGUCCUUCCCUCAGUGUAAAUGAGCAUGUUUUAUAUUUUUAGAAACUAUAACUUAAUUUUAGUUGUAUUAUACAGAUAUUCACAGUUGCAGAAAUUAGUACAUAUUCUAUCACUUUCAUUUAAUUAAUUUAAUACUGUGCAGCUAUAAAUCAGCAAUAUCUAUAAUUCUUUGGUGAUAAAGUAUUCUCUGCUUAUCUGGCUGUGGUAUAACAUGGAUUUAAUAAACCCUGAUCAUUUUGCCAUUUA